GAAGAAUCAGUGAGGACCAGCCAACAACAACUACUACUACUACUACAUUCAUCAUCAUCAUAGUCAAGGAGUGAAAGGCGGAUCCGUGAUUGAUCCCACACCAUCCACCCUGUCUCCAGAAUCUGGGCGUGUAGUGGGCCCACCCUCACCCUUUCGAGUGACCGUCAUGGCUGGGGGUUAUGAUUUGGACCGGAACCGAGCGCUCUAACAUACGGAUUUUCACACCCGCUGACUCACGUCCGUUGGAUAGUGUUGCCCACCCUAGCCCAGCCAGGCCCAGCCCGGGGGUGGUCAGCCGAGCAUGGAGGAGCGGGAAAUUCUCGUGAUUGGUGCCGCACCCAUGGGCGCCACGCCCCUAGCGGGUCAGACACGCCCUUCGGAUUUGAGUACACCGGGUACGCCCACCACCCCGAAUGCCUCCGCCGCCCAUUUGUCGGCUUUGAUGGGUGGCAUCCCCAAUUGUCGUGGCAGUACAUCCCGGAGUCGCCGAGGCACGGGUAAUCCGGAUGGGACGAACGGACACGCCGCCCAGGCCGGGGAUUACCCGUCCGAUGGCGAACUGAGUCCGGCUACCAGGCGUCCGAGUAGUUUAGAACUGGGGGUCACGACCCCGGGGGCCGCCUCGGAGGCCCAUCCUCAAUGGAUGAAGGAACAGUGGGAGGACAACUACAAAGAGGCCGCCAUUUUCUUGGAGGAGGGCAUCAAUAAUGAAAAAUUCACGCACCAUCCUCGAUGUCAAGAAGAGCUUCCGCCCUACCUGCUUGUGCACAACGAUUGGUUCCAUUAUUUCGAUUUGGGCGCCUCUCUGGUCAUCUUGGGAUUGGGUUUCUUUGAGGCCCCUUGCCAUGCACCUCUUUGCUUCCCCACGCAAGUUCACAGCUCGAUUGAAUUAGGCACAUUACUGCUAAUAACUCUCCAAGUCAUACUCAAAACCAGAUGGAUCGGAUGGCGAGACUUUUUUAAGCACCGACGGACACUCAUCAAGGUCUUUACUUUGGUCUUGAUGAUUGUCGAGGCAUUGGUUGUCUUGGUGCGGGUUGACAGCCACUUCCGCGUGUCCCGAUCUUUAAGACCCAUUUUCCUCAUCGACAACCAUUACUGCGGUGGCGUGAGAAGGUUCAUCCGUCAGAUUCUACAAAGUCUUCCACCAAUUCUGGAUAUGCUCGUCUUGGUAUUUUUUAUCAUGUUGAUAUACAGUGUUUUUGGAUUCUACCUCUUUGGUAUGGUGGACCACGUCUACUUCAACGAUCUGCAAACUAGUUUCAUCAGUUUAUUUGUCCUCCUGACAACGGCCAACUACCCGGAUGUGAUGAUGCGGAGUUAUAACCAAAGUCGCUGGUCAGCCGUGUUUUUUGUGUCUUAUCUCUCGAUUAAUUUGUACUUCCUCAUGAACUUGAUGUUGGCGGUGGUGUACGAUGCGUUCACGAGGAUCGAGAAGGAGAAAUUCCGCCGCUUGUUCCUUCACAAACGAAAAGCGGCUCAACAUGCCUUCAAUUUGUUGGUAACCAAAGAGAGGCCCAAAGAAGUUAGUUUCCAACAUUUUGAAGGACUAGUUCGGGCGUACAAAGGAAUCACUUCUCCGACAGAAUCUUAUCUGAUAUUUCGACUACUCAACAAGUCGAACAGUGGUCAUUUGCACAUUGAUGAGUUUUAUGAUAUUUACAAUGCCACUCAAUACAGCUGGAGUUUGGCCCAACAGGACGAAGAUUGGUUCUCAACGUGCCACCCGAAUAUCGCCGAUUUGUGCACGAUAAUAAAGAAUGCGGUCAAAAGCACAUGGUUCGAGUAUACCGUUUGUCUAAUCGUAUUGUCGAAUGGAAUCAUUCUCGUGGUUCAAACGGCGUUUAUGGACUCGCCUACUUCCAACGCCGAGGACAGAAUCUACGCUCCUUGGGUGUCUUAUUUCUUUGUUGCACUUUAUACAAUCGAAGCCAUUUUGAAGCUGAUCGGGCUCGGAUUCAAGAACUAUUUUGCAUCCUAUUGGAACAUGUUCGACUUCGGAGUGACUGUCUUGGGGAUUUUGUCAUUGAUCCUGGAAAUAUUAGACAUUCCCUUGUUCUACGUGGUCAUUCUGAGGCCUCUUAGAUUGCUCACGUUGUUCCGGAUGAAAAAACGUUUCCGGGAUGUUUUUGGAACAGCCGUCAUUCUCUAUCCAAGAUUAACUUCGGCUGUCAUUGUUUUGCUUCUCACAUACUACUUCUUUGCCAUCAUAGGCAUGGAGUGCUUUCAUAAUUUUGAUCUAAAAGAUUGCUGCAAAAAUUCAUCCGUGGAGCAAUACUUUAGCUUUGUGGAGGGCUCAAAUGGAAAUGUAUACUUCUACUUAAACAACUUUCAAAGUUUGCAAACCUCAGGAGUCACUCUAUUUGAGCUAACCGUCGUCAACAACUGGUUUGUGAUAAUGGAAGGGUAUGCCAUUGUCAGCGGAGUGGAGAUGAGUCGCGUCUUUUUUAUGGCUUUUUAUAUCUUCACCAUGAUCGUCAUGACCAUAAUCGUGGCUUUCAUCUUGGAGGCUUUCCUCUUUAGAAUUCAAUAUAAGCAAUAUUUCUCCAAAGAAGACGAGGCCAAGAAUCUCAAAGUAGAAGUGAUUCUGACCUCCGAGGAAAUCCGGCAGAUUGCCCAAGCAAGAGGCGGGUCCAUUCAAGAUAUUGCAAUUCCUAGUAACAGCAUGUUCAAGUUUUCUGGGGAGAAGUCUCGAACCAAGGAACAACUGCAAAUGCUCAUGUACACGGAUGAGAUGGAUCGUUGGCUGGCCGAGGCCCAAUUGGAAGAAACCCAAAGUCAAGCACGUAUACAAGCGGCCAUCUUGGCUGAAACCUCCUCAAAUGAGUACCACGAUCACGGUCAUGGCGAUAAUGAAAACAUUCAAAUUGUUCAGGAUGACGGAACUAUCACUGCCAUUCAUAGACCGGUUCUUCCAGAGCUGGGUUUAUGAGUGAUUGAGUCCUGAUCUGUGAUAUCUUAAUUCCGGCCAGUGGUGCCUUACUUAUGACUUUGUAAUAUAUACAUGAUAGAUGCAUAUUAAGCAGGGGCUUACUCUUUUA